AUGGGCAUCCUCGGUGGGAGUAGUGGUAACAACAACGCGCACGAUUUACUCUCCAGGACGGAACAUUUGCUUAAAAAAUACCAAAAUCAUCUCCCCCAAAACGAUGAUGGAACUGCGUCGGAUGAACGAAUGAAACGACAACAACAACAACGAAAAACGAAUAAGAACGUGAAUGUGGGGAAGUUUAGCAGUAGCGGUGGUAAUAAUGGUAACGAAGAUGAUGACGAGAGCAAUACUACUCAUCAUCACGAUAGUUCGUUCGAACAAUUCCUGGGUAAACUCGAAGAACGACUGGACGACAUCGCGGACGUCUCGGAACGAGCGAAAGUAGAAACGAACCGAGCGGCGAUUGCGGCGAUGCACGCGGAAGUGAGACGAGGGAAGAACAGUUUACGAGGAGAAAUUCCGAAACUGAGAAAAUUAGCGAAUAAAAGUAGUAGUAGUAAUAAUAACGCCAAGAAGAAGAAACGGGCGACGAGCGACGGGGGCGAUAUCGAAGACGAAUCGAUGUACGAAAGAGACGGGAGAGAAACGCUGAUUGACCAGUUCGAGCAGAGAAUAGAGGACGUUCCGGACGGGGUGUCGAGAAUGAUUCCUCGAACGCCGUCGAAGAAAGUCCCGCAUCAUCACAGAUCGUUGUCGAGAGAUAUCGAAAUGGGGACCUACACGAACCCGUUUGAACAACCGGAAACACUUCGCGAACAACAUUUAAACAACAACAACAACAACAACAACAACAGAUUCGAGGGCAUGGAACACACGGAAGAGAGUCGUCAGUUUCGUCAAGAAUUCGAAGACAGAAAGAAAACGCAAGACACCGACUUGGACGAAAUCAGCCGAGGUUUGCAAACCUUGAAACGUCUCGGCGCGGACAUGGACGAAGAGAUGGCCAGGCAACAACCGGCGAUUGAAAACAUAGAUUUUAAAAUGGACGGUGCGCAAGCCGAGAUGAAAACGGCCAACAUGAGGUUGAAAGAAACCGUAGAGAAGGCGCGAUCGUCGAGGCAUUUUUGCGUGGACGCGACGUUGAUUUGCGUCUUGCUCGGGAUUGGCAUGUACUUGUAUCGCAUAUUGAAGUAA